CCACAUCCUCUUUCACAUCUUCUUCACAACUCGCUCGCUCCCAGUAGUCACAUCAUAUCAUAUCAUAUCAUGGGCAUGCGUAUAGUGCUGAAUCUCUCUCACUCUCAGUUCCCGCGCCUUCAUUCUCAAAACGCUGUCGUUCCCCGCCACACCACCACCACCACCAUGUCCUCCUCCUCCGAAACCUCCUUCCCUACACUCACCACCGUCUCCAUUCCCUUCCCUCAACUCAAAGAUAAGAACUGCGACUUGUCGUUGAAGAUAGAAGAAGGAUUUGGACCUAAUGGACUUGGAAUUUUGUCAAUCACUGAUGUCCCGGGAUACUCUUCAUUGCGUAGAAAUCUUUUGCACCUUGCAACAAGAUUGGCAAAUCUUCCUGAAGAAGUGAAGAAGGAUCUGGAAGAUCCUCACAGUAGGUACAAUUUUGGUUGGAGUCAUGGGAAAGAGAAACUUGAAUCCGGAAAACCUGAUUUAUUAAAAGGAUCUUUCUAUGCCAACCCCAUACUUGAUUUGCCCACAACAGAUACAUCUUUGAUACAAAGGUAUCCAUCAUAUUGUGGAUCUAAUAUAUGGCCAAGAAAUUCAUUACCAGAACUUGAAUUGGCUUUUAAAGCACUUGGGAAGCUGAUAUUUGAUGUUGGAUUGAUGUUGGCCUAUCACUGUGAUCAAUAUGUAUACAAUGGAAUGAAAUUUCACAAGGAUGAAGGUCUGGAAUCAAUACUCCGUCGCUCCCGCUGUCAUAAAGGACGUUUGCUAUAUUAUUUUCCUGCACAACAGGGAAUCCCAGAUGGUGACUCUAUGUCUUCUUGGUGUGGGUGGCAUACAGAUCAUGGUUCACUGACAGGUCUGACUUGUGGUAUGUUUAUGAGAGAUGGUGUAGAAAUACCUUGCCCUGAUAGUGCUGCUGGGCUCUAUAUUCGAACAAGAAAUGAUCAAAUUGUCAAAGUUGUCUAUGGAAAAGAUGAUAUAGCUUACCAAAUUGGCGAAACCACUGAAAUACUUUCUGGAGGUUAUCUUUGUGCAACACCUCAUUGUGUUCAGGCUCCUAAGGGGGAGGAGUCUUCUGGUAUUGAGCGCUCGACAUUUGCAUUCUUUAUGCAACCUGACUGGGAUGAAAAGCUCAGUAUUCCCGAGGGAGUUCACAUUCAUCAAGAGCUUAUUCCAUCAAAUGCCGCUCUUACUUUUGGAGAGUACUCAGAGUUGCUGCUUGACAAAUAUUACCACCAAAAACAGAAAACACCCUAGCCAUUGUGAUUGAUUGGAGGUGGUAAGGUCCAACACUCUUCUUCCCAGCAUGUAAGUAAUUGGUUGGAGAGACUUAGUCCAUGAUAACUAACUGUUAGUUCAUGGUAGUAAAAUAAAGUUUUGCAGAUGUACCACGCUAUUAUAUAAACAUUUUCGGUGUACAUAAAUUGAAUCCAUUUUAUAAUAGCAAAAAGAUAGAUUUAAACCAA